AUGCAGGGGGAGCGCAUGCUGAUCCGCAACUCGGACACGGGCCAGAUGAUGGAGCUGGACCUGGCCACGGGCGACAUGAAGCCCUUGAGCGACGGCCCGCCGCAGACGCCGACGGCCGACGCGGGCUCGCCGGGGAAGGCCCCGGACUCGCCCGACGACUUCGUCGACUCGUCGCCGGAGAAGGGCGGGAGGAAGCGGCCGAGCUUCAGCGAGUCCAUGUCGAAGAUGCGCUUCAGCCGCCGCGCGGCCGAGGUCGCGGGCGUGUCGCGCGCGACGAAGGACGUCGCCUUCGAGGCGUCCAAGGUCCAGCUCGACGUCACGCUCGAGAAGAUCAAGUUCCUCAAGGCCGCGCUCAAGGAGCAGGAGCGCGCCGCGCGGGCCUACUACGCGGCCCAGGCCGAGGUCUGCGCGCGCGUCAAGGACCUCGCCGCGGGCACGCCGCUCGAGGCGCCCGUCAACGACUACGAGGCGUCGGCGACGGCGGCGCGCUGGGAGGUCGAGACGACGCUCAUGCCCGCCAUGUUCGGCGAGCGGCUCGUCGCCGCCUGCGGGUCCUGGCACGCCAAGCUCGACCGCACGCUGCACACGGAGGUCUUCAGGCGCCAGGAGGCGACGCGCCGCGAGCUCGACCACUACAAGACGAAGCUCGAGCCCAUGCGCCUCGAGAAGGAGAAGCGCGACCUCACGCGCCUCCGGGAGCAGAAGAAGCUCGGCAAGGCCGCCGCGCGGACGCUCGGCAUGGCCGCGCAGGACCCGUCGGCCGCGGGCCGCGCCGCGGACGAGAAGUACGCGCGCAACGCCGUCAAGAUGGAGCGCGCCCAGGCCGCCUACGAGGACGCGACGGCGGCGUCCAUGCGCGCCAUCGACGCGGGCGUCGACGGCCGCUGGGUCGAGCUCGGCGCCGUCGUGACGGCGCUCCUCGAGCUCGAGCUGAGCCUCCCGCACCAGCACGACGCGUGCUCCGCGGGGCUGGGGGCCGUCGAGACCGUGCUCGAGGCGCCCGAGGCGACGCCCCUCGAGGAGCGGCUCCGCGCGGCCGCGGCGAUCCCGGAGCGCGACGACCUGCCGCCGCCGCCGCCGGACACGCCCGCGACGCCCGCGGGCAAGGGCCUCGAGUCGCCGCCGCCGUCGCCGCCGUCGCCGCCGCUCGAGCCGGCGGUCGUCGCCGAGCCGGCGGUCGUCGCCGAGCCGGAAUUCGAGGCGGAGCCGGAAUUCGAGGCGGAGCCGGAGCCGGCGGUCGUCGCCGAGCCCGAAUUCGAGCCGGAGCCCGAGCCCGCGGUCGCGGAGCUUGAGCCCGAGCCGCCGGUCGCCGAGCCCGAGCCGGAGCCCGAGCUUGAACCCGAGCCCGUGGCCGUGGAGCCCGAGCCGGAGCCUGAACUUGAACCCGAGCCGGAGCCCGCGGCCGCGGAGCCCGAGCCCGAAGCGGCGCCGCCGCCGGCACUGCCGCCGCGGUCGCCCCCGGCCCUUCCGCCCCGGCCCGACGCGGCGCCGGAACUACCCGCGCGGGAGGAGGCUUGUUGCGCGGCGGCGGAAGAGCCCGCCAUGCCGGCGCCGCUGGACGAGCCCAUGGACGACGACUCGGAGGACGAGGACGUCGCGGUGGAAUACCCGCUCUAG